CUCAGGAUGCCGGAGCCAGCAAAGUCCACCUCUGCCCCCAAAAAGGGCUCCAAGAAAGCCGUGACAAAGACCCAGAAGAAGGGCGAUAAGAAGCGACACAAGAGCAGGAAGGAAAGCUACUCCAUCUACGUCUACAAGGUGCUGAAGCAGGUCCACCCCGACACCGGCAUCUCCUCCAAGGCCAUGGGCAUCAUGAACUCCUUCGUUAACGACAUCUUUGAGCGCAUCGCUGGAGAAGCCUCUCGCCUGGCCCAUUACAACAAGCGCUCCACCAUCACCUCCCGGGAGAUUCAGACGGCCGUGCGCCUGCUGCUCCCGGGAGAGCUGGCCAAGCAUGCCGUCUCGGAGGGCACCAAGGCCGUCACCAAGUACACGAGCUCCAAGUAG